CCAGUCAGCGAAAAGUUGUAAGAUAUUUUAAGAUUUAGGAACCCCACCUCUUCGCCCUCCCCUCCUCAUUCCAUCCAAUUUGCGCGAGAUCAUCUAUCAUCUCUGUCCAUUUCAAAGUUUGAAGAACAAACAUUGAACUCUUGUUAAACAUUCAGAAAAUCCAAAAUCCAAAUAUCAUCAACUAAUUAAACCUAGCCUUCAAACUCUUGACAUACAAAAAAUAAAAUCUUUUUGUGUUCUUAUCAAGACAAGAUUGCACAAUAUUUCUAGCUUAGCGCCGCCAAACCCAGAUCGUUUUCCUAGGGUUUUGGAAUCGUAAUAAUGAGCCAGAGAAGCAGUGGAGACAGCCGUCCCUGCGAUUUCUGCAAUCAGCAGAUUGCCGUACUUUACUGUCGAGCUGAUUCAGCAAAGCUGUGUCUUUUCUGUGACCAGCACGUUCAUUCAGCUAACGCCCUCUCCAAGAAACACAUCCGAUCUCAGAUCUGUGACAACUGUGGCUCCGAGCCUGUCUCCAUCCGUUGCGCCACUGACAACCUCGUACUCUGCCAAGAAUGCGAUUGGGAUGCUCACGGCAGCUGUGCACACGAUCGGACCCCUGUUGAAGGGUUCUCUGGAUGUCCUUGUGCUUCUGAGCUUGCUUCAGCUUGGGGUUUAGAUAUUGAGGCCAAGAAACCACCAACACCUACUCAUUUACAGCCCACUUGGAAUGGUUUUUUAGAGCCUUGUAAUUGGAUGUGUAAGGAUGUUAUUCCUCCUCCUUCUUCUGUCUUGUUGAAAGAUUUAAUGGUACCUAACGCUAAUAAUAACAAUUCUGGGAUUUACUCCACAACUCGUGAGGUGGGUAGAAAACAAAAUCCAACUUGUGGCAAGCAGAAACAAGUGAUAUUGAAACAAUUAAUUGAGUUAUUCAAGAGAGAUUUGGCAGAUGGGGUUGGAGGUGGAUCGGAAGAUUUAGUUCCAAAGACACCUAAUGGGAGUAGUGAUUGGCAGGGAAAUGUUAAUGUGACGGAGGGGAGUGAUGCGGUUAUGGGUGGUGUCAAUCAGCAGCUUGAGCCGCAGAGUGUGCCGUUUACCUCUUUGCUUAUGAUGCAGAAGCCUCAUAAUUCAAAAAACAGUGACCGCAUGGUGGAAGGGAAUAUUUUGUCGAGCGGAAAUUCCUAUGUUCAAAACACCCAGAUAUGGGAUUUCAAUCUGGGGCAGUUGAGGAGCCAUGAACAGUCAAGCUCAGUGGAAGCCGACUACAGUGAGAGCGACAUGGCUUACAUGAUGAAAAGCUAUGGUGAACUCAUAAAAGGAACAUCAUUAGCAACUUCAAAAGGAUUAGAACUCUCAGGCAUUAACCGCUCAGUUGCCCAUGAAGAUAUGACAGCUUUCAGUAAUAAUUCGAAUAACCGAGGGGGAAGCCAGGGGCCAGCUACAUCUGAGAGCAACAAUUUACCAAUAAUUAAGCUUUCUUCUGACUCUGGUUAUGCUAAACGGAAAUGCUGUGGUGUGUCUAAAGAUUUGAACUUUAUGGAGCAAAGCAUUUUUGUGGGAGGUGAAAACACCGGUGAGGAAAUACUCAAGGCUGAUAUGGAGCUUCUGGCGAAGAACAGAGGAAAUGCAAUGCAACGUUAUAAGGAGAAAAAGAAAACACGAAGAUAUGAUAAGCACAUUCGUUAUGAAUCAAGGAAGGCAAGAGCUGAUACUAGAAAGCGAGUUAAGGGUCGAUUUGUCAAGGCUAAUGAAGCUCCAGAUGGCUGAAUACCCGUUGAAUGACAGAGGAUAAGGAUCUUUCUGUCUGUAUGUAUAUAUUUCUUAGCCUGCUUAAUAUUUGUAAUCUUAGGAUGCGUUGUGCAUCUGUAGCACCAUUUGUUAGUUAAUAUUCUACUCACUCUUCGUGCUUCUGCAUAUAUAUCAAGUGCUUGCAUGUACAACCUUGAUUGGGACCAGCCUUUUGAGGCAAGUCUUGGAAGUGAAAUCUUGGCUAA